UGAGGAGGAUCAGCUGCCUCUCCGAAUGAGCUGCUAGCGGCGUGUUUGAGGGAAUACACUGUCCAGGGGUAGGAUGACAGCUGGCUCUGAUGCUGGGCAAGUGUUUUUUUUCACCCAUGUGACAAAAUGAGUGAAUAUUUCCAACUGAGCGUGUUUUUAAUGUGGAUUUUCUCAAGCUGGUCUUUUACUCGUUUGUGCUAUUGACUCAUACUGCAGGAGUAAUGGUUCAUUCAACCAAGGACAGCGGCUGGAGUUUCUGGAAGUGGGAUAAUAAUUCAGCACCAUGAGGGCACGGCUUUGUGUGUCUCAGGGGUUACGCAGACAGGGAAUGGGAGAAGAAGAACAAAGCAUGUCACUUCUGAGAAGAGUUGCCUUUCUUCUUCUUCUUGUCAUGAGGAAAGUUGGUGCAUCGGUGGAUUCAGAUGAUGUCAUCACGAGGGAUGAGCAGAUCUACCUCCUCAUUGGAGCCAAGGCUGCAUGCGAGAGGGCCAUUCGCUCCCAGAUGAAUGCAGUUCAAGAGACAGAUUGCGUGCCGGAGUGGGAUGGCAUCAUCUGCUGGCCGAAGGGGACACCUGGCCAGCUGGUUUCGGUGUUUUGUCCUGGCUACAUCUAUGACUUUAACCACAGAGGUCAAGCCUACCGUCUUUGUGAUCUUUCUGGAAAAUGGGAGCAGGUGCCUAGCCUCAAUAGAACCUGGGCCAAUUACACUGAGUGUACCACCUACCUGAUGUCCAGCCACAGGAGUCAAGAGGAGGAGGUGUUUGAGCGCCUACAUCUGAUGUAUACUAUUGGUUACUCUGUCUCACUGGUGUCCUUGCUGGUUGCCAUCUCCAUUCUCCGCUUCUUCAAACGGCUCCACUGUACUCGUAACUACAUCCACAUCCACCUCUUCAUCUCCUUUGUCUGCCGUGCCAUCAGCAUCUUCGUGAAGGACGCAGUGCUGUACACUGCGUCAGAUGAAAGCGAAGCUCAAGACGAAAGCAUAGGACAAAGACCACACAUGGUGGGCUGCAAGAUAGCUGUGAUUUUUUUCCUCUACUUUCUGGCUACCAAUCACUACUGGAUUUUGGUGGAGGGGCUCUAUCUGCACAGCCUCAUAUUCAUGGCCUUUUUGCCAGACAAGAACUACUUGUGGGCACUGACCAUCAUUGGGUGGGGUGUCCCUGCAGUGUUUGUGUCCAUUUGGGUUAGCGUCCGAGCUUCUCUGGCCGAUACACAAUGCUGGGACAUCAGUGCUGGGAACCUGAAGUGGAUCUAUCAAGUCCCUAUACUGGCUGCCAUUGUUGUGAAUUUCUUCUUGUUCCUUAACAUCGUAAGGGUGCUGGUCUCAAAGCUGUGGGGGACAAACACAGGAAAAGUAGAUCCACGGCAGCAGUACAGGAAGCUUCUAAAGUCUACACUUGUGCUGAUGCCAUUGUUCGGAGUGCACUACAUGGCGUUCAUGGCUCUGCCCUACACAGAGGUGACUGGGGUGCUGUGGCAGGUACAGAUGCAUUACGAGAUGCUCUUCAACUCCUCUCAGGGGUUCUUUGUAGCAUUAAUCUACUGCUUCUGCAAUGGCGAGGUGCAGGCAGAGGUCAAGAAGGCCUGGCUGCGUAGGAGCAUAGCUCUGGACCUCAAGCAGAAGGCCCGUGUAACGAGCAGCGGUGGAAGCUGUUACUAUGGUGGCAUGACCUCCCACGCUACCAACAGUGUCAGCCUCAGUGCUAUUGGCACCAAAGGCCUUCCCCUCUGUGGGGUGAGACAACGCCCACCCCCUCUGCCCACGCCAACUAGUCCACAUGCUACCACAGAGGCCUUCUUGACCUCAACAAUGCAGCAGGAUCAGUUUAAAGUCACGGAAGGAACAAAAGCUGAACAUGAGGCAAGGGAUCACUGUUUGUCCAUUAAGGAGCAUGAGACAACCCUGUGAUCUUCUGGAUCCACAUAACACAAUAAGUACUUUCCCAGGCAAAAUUCUGAUUAGUCCUAGAUGGUUCCUGCUUUUACUUAUUACCUUGUUAUCUGAAAAUUAAAAUCCAGAAGUGGAACCAUCUGAGUGUGACACUCAAGACUUCUUCAGUUCAAAAGAAGGUCACGCUGAUGUCAACUGACCUGUGCCUUCCAAGGAACAUAUCACAGAUUCUAAAAUAGCACAGAGUAUAUAAUAAGCAUAUUGGCUGUUCCUUUAGCAAAAAUUAGACAAACAAGUGUCAUACAUAUAAGAUGGCAUUACAAAUUCAUGUUGAUGUUUGUAGACAUUCUACGUGUCCAUUGGUGGAUGGUCUACACCAGGGGUGGGCCGGUGUGUAUGCAGGUUUUUGGGAUAACCUGUAGGUCA